AUGUCGACAGACAAAGUUACCUUUCUCUUGAACUGGCACGCCACGCCUUACCAUGCUCCCAUAUUCCUGGCCCAUCACAAAGGCUUUUUCCAGGAGGAGGGCAUCAAGGUCGCCAUCCUGGAACCCAAUGACCCGUCCGAUGUGACUGAAAUUAUCGGUUCCGGAAAGGUGGAUAUGGGUGCGAAGGCCAUGAUCCACACCAUUGCUGGAUCUGCUCGUGGCUUUCCCAUUGAGUCCAUCGGCACCCUGAUGGACGAGCCUUUUACGGGUGUCGUGUAUCUUGAGAGCUCGGGUAUCAAGGACUUCCAGAGUCUGCGUGGCAAACGUAUUGGUUAUGUGGGCGAGUUUGGCAAGAUUCAAAUCGAUGAGCUUGCUGCUCAUUUUGGUAUGCUGCCAUCUGAUUACACCGCUGUCCGCGUGGGAAUGAAUGUCGCUGAUGCUAUUAAGCGUGGUGACAUUGAUGCCGGUAUCGGCCUUGAGAAUGUACAGAUGGUAGAGCUUGAAGAGUGGUGCAAAGAAACGGGCCGCUCACCCAGCGAAGUCAAGAUGCUUCGCAUCGAUGAGCUUGCCGAGUUGGGCUGCUGCUGCUUCUGCUCAAUUUUGUACAUUGCCAAUAAGCCUUUCCUCGAAGCACACCCUGACAAGGUCCGUGCCUUUAUGCGCGCUGUGAAGCGUGCCACGGAUUAUUUGUGCUCGCACCCAGUCGAAGCCUGGAACGAGUACAAGCUGUACAAGAAAACCAUGAACACACCUUUGAACGAAAAGAUCUUUGAGCGUUCCUUUGUGUACAUGAGCCGUGACUGUGCCAAUGUACCUCGCGAUUGGACUAAAGUGACCAAUUAUUGCAAGCGCCUUGGCAUCGUAGACCACGACUUCAAGCCGAACAUGUCGAACUCGUACUUGUCAUGGAACCUCUUGCCUGACGUGGAAGACCCUGCUGCUAAACAAAUCACGGUCGCACAGUAUCAGCAAAAUAUCACCAAGAAUGGAGGUGUACUGACCGGCAAAGUGUCGGUCGUAUAA